AUGCAGCAGUAUGAUGCGCGUGGUCAUCCAGUCAACCCAGAAUCUAGAACGCUUGGGCGGCAACUUCGAAGAGCAAAGAAUGACAUUCUCUCUACUAUGGGAAUUGUCGUCAGUGGCGAGGACCGCAGUGUCAGCACUUCGAACGAGCAGAAGAUAAUCAAUCAGAUCGCAGCAGAAAAUGAUUUCGGCCUGGUUAUCACCACUCUUGAUCAGCUGUUCGUGUUUUUUGGUACCUGGUGGUCCUCGUCCCUGACUGGAAGAAUUCAGACAUACAAACACUACACUCAUGCUGCUCUGCUCGAUGUCAUUCGAUCAGAGCGUGGAUCAACAGGCAUCUUCGGCUUUUACUUUGCUGGGAUCCCUGCAUGGGCAGUCUCUAGUGGGUUGGCCAGCGCCCGGGACAAUCCAUUGAAGCGUGUCUUUGCCACAGCGCGAGACUACAUUUUGGACUUUACGGGUAGCGAAAAUCUCUCACUUGGAGUUCGAUCUCUUUUUAUACUCACCUUCUCAGCAGUGAGAAGCUCGGUACUUCUCCUGUCCGUGGAGACCUAUAUGUACUCUCUGCUUCAGUCCCUCGCUCUUGUACCUUCAAAUUCGAUACCCAGUGCUCGACUUUUACUUCCGUUCGGCGAAGGGUCCUUAAUUCAACUGCCACCGCUGCCUACUGAUCUCUCCCUUCCGUCCAUGGGCGGGUUUCUUGCGCAGCUCUUGGUUUCCCCUGGGGUCCUGACAUUCCUCUAUGCUUUCUACCUACGCCCAAAUCUAGAGGAACGCAUUUACAGACUUAUUCGUCGCCAAUUGCCCAAGCCGACGAUUGCCGACGAGCUUUCAAUCCGGGUUGCCUAUGAUGAAAACCUCAUUGAUUGGGUUGUCCCUACCCUGGGGCGCCGAUCUGAAGAGGAGACCCGUCGUGCGAGGCUUUCACUGCUUGAUGACAUCGAGUAUGAAUUGGUUGCCUUUCGUGGAUGGGUAUCCUCCUUCUUUGGUCUUUUCCCAGGACGGGCGUUGAACCAGCAAGCUAUCGACAAUUUGGAUGAAGAGAGGAUAGAGAAUCUUCGAAACUCGAUCGAAUCCUUGCAACAUGAGCUUGAGGAAGUCCAACUUCGCAACAACCUUGUUGGAGAUACCCCAGAUGCUGCUCUGCGCAGGCUUUCUGGUGCCAUCGCUCGCACAAACGCCGUUGACAUUGCACGGCCUGAUCUGCCAGCGAUCGUAGAAGAUGAUCAAGCAAGCGAGGAAGAGUUGGACCUGCGCAUGAAUCAGGUUCUCACAAAUGAAAAUCGAAUUUCGCAGUCUCCUGGAGAGAUGAGUAGCGAUUACUUUUCUGAAAUGGCAACGCUGGGUCGGACGAGCGCACAGUCUGCUACGUCUUUAUCACGGAGCCCAACAAGCAAUGCACACCCAGGAGAUAGUCCAAUGAACGCAGCACGGGACCGACAUAGUUCUCGAUCAAAUACCCUAUUUUCUCGCCCAUCAUCUCCCGAAACAUCACCACCCACUUCGCCGCGGGUCAGGGCUUCGUUGAUUCAUCAGAGCUCGGACAUCAUCACAAUGCAGCUAGAACUUCUAGGCAACCGCAACCGCAGUACUCAAAAUCAGACAUCAGCUCGCGAUUCACCACUUCCAAGAGUGGGUCGUGGAAACCCAGGACUACGCCCGCCUUCGACCGCUAUGGAUCGCAGAUCAAUUGCUGAGUUCCUUGAAGCGUUGAUAUUGAGUCAAGCCCAGCGUCAAGCUUCCCAGCAGCUGUCGCCGGUAGAACACGAUGGCCUAUCGAAUAUAACUGCCGAAGAAAACAGCUCAGCAGUCCAAGAUAUGCCUGCUCUUGAGCCUAGCUCUCAAGUCCCAGCGCAACAGAGCACAGAAGCAGAUCACCCACCUUCUUACCCUGCUGAAGAAACUCUCACCUUGAAUAUCCCAAAUAUUUUCCCAGACGGCGUUGAAGAACCUGGGGACGGGGAGAUCAAUAGCCAACUGCCUUCAAUUGCUGGAGUAGCGCAAAAUGCAGACCCUCGGACCGACCCUGUCGACCAGCUGCUUCCAAUCGGCUCUCGUGUUUCGGGACAUUUGAUCACCAACAACCUAUCUGGUGCUCAUCGAGUCACUCUUCUCUCUGCUCAUCCCGUGGAUUCCCUUGCAUCCCACCUUGCGGCAAUCAUCAGCACCAUUAUUCUCUCCCCUAUCGAAGCUCUCUGCCUUCGAUCAUUGGCCCACUCCUAUCUAGCCUUGCACCCUUCAUCAACAACUCGGUCAUCAGACCUAUAUCCUAUAGGUUUCUGGCUCGGCGGGAGUUCGUGGUCUGAUGUAUUCGCAUACAACGGCCGGAUGAUCCUUAUGCGAGGCAUGCAGGCUGCACUGAGAGCAGGUGUUUGGGGGUUCCUGGUUGGCUCAACGAUGAGAAUAGGACGGAAAUUUUGUGGUUGGGGAACUUUGUGA